AUGACGGGACAAGGGAGCGUGAUACAAACGAGGGACCACGCGUUCCUGAUGUCCGUGUUCCGCUCGGUGGUCAGGGACCGCACCACCACCAUCACCGCCUCGGAACUGCAGAGAGCUCUGGCCAACGGCACCUGGAAGCCCUUCAGCGAGGACCUGGUCAACAUGAUGGUCAAGUUGUUUGACCGCAACUUCGACGGCUGCAUCGACUUCGAGGAGUUCGUGUGUCUCUGGCACCACAUCACGGAGUGGAUCAACGUGUUCAAAAAAACCGACAAGCCCAAGGGUGAUCGUCUGAACAAGACGGAGCUGCAAUCGGCCUUCAUGCAACUGAACUUCAGGCUGUCUCUCGGACUGUGUCAUGUGAUGAUACGGCGCUUCGACCAGAGCGGGGACAAUCGCAUCAACGUGGCAGACUUUGUGCGACUCUGCAUCAUCCUGCAGUACGCCACAGAAGCCUUCAAAACGUUCGAUACGGGCCAGGUUGGGCAAGCGAAGAUCACCUACGACCAGUUCUUGACCACGAUGUUCAAGAUGGCGCGAUGA